AUGACUACAUCGUCUCCAACAGCACCUCUCUCCUCAUUUGACCCGGCCCUACACCUUCACUCCGAAGAAGAUUUCCCUAACCAGCAACUCCCCUCCGAAUCCUUCUCCGACGAUAUCGAGGCGCUUCAACUCGUGCGCGAGGAAAACGUCCGCAAUAAAGUCGUUAUCCAGCAUCGUGCGUGGAAUCUGUCUGAUGUUUUUCGGAGUGACGAGGACAUAAGACCUGAUACUCCAACGAAAUCUCAUAAAACGCCUCAACACUCUAAUCGAUUACCUCUCUCGUUUCCGUCUUCCCCACCUCUUGCAAAAAUGCCUUUUAUAGACUCCCCGCUCCGCACGAGCUCGCCGACAGAUGCGCAGAAGAGAAAGAACAAUGAUCACGAUGAAACUCCACGGCAGACAGAACCUAAGCGGCAAAGAAUUAUGGGAGGAUUCGUCGACGAUGAAGAUGAAGAUGACGAAGAGGGAUUAGCGGCUUUUGGUGAUGCGCAUUUGGCCUCGCAAUUCGACCUUCCGGAACAUCCUGCAAAGCUACCGGAGAUCCCAGUAGCAGCACAACCACCAUCACUGACUCCUGCACCAUCUACACCUACACCUACAACCACACCAAUGGCAAAUACUACGCAGCAUGUUGAGGCACGCACAAGCAUAGUCACUACCUCGCGGAGACCACCCCAGAGAUUCAACAUCAAGACGUGCUCAGGGAAGAUACACAACGUCCCUACAAGAACAACAAAACCACCAGUUAGCUAUGAGAAACUUGUCGCUGGACGAUCAACAACAGCCCCUGGAAGGGCUCAGAAGAGCUAUUACGGAGUGGAAAUCCACAGACUACUGGACGAAGCUGCCAAGGAAGCUGCGCAGUCGAAGGCUUCGGGACAGUCUGCCCCAACAGUACAGCCCUCUAUCGAGCCCCCGAUGGAGAACCAGAAGAAGCAGAAACUGGCACAUGCGAUGUGGACUGAGAAAUAUCGGGCUCGCAAAUUCACGGAACUCAUUGGAGAUGAGCGGACACAUCGAUCGGUGUUGCGAUGGUUCAAAGGAUGGGAUCCUAUUGUUUUUCCAGGCCUUGCGAAGCAGAAAAAGCCCCCAAGGUCUGGGAACUACAAUGAUGACGAGGAACGGACUCACCGCAAAGUAAUGCUUCUUUCCGGGCCUCCCGGUCUGGGAAAGACGACACUAGCGCAUGUCUGUGCGAGACAAGCCGGCUACGAAGUACUAGAAAUCAACGCCAGUGACGAUCGAAGUAAAGACGUUGUGAAAGGGCGGAUAAGAGACGCACUCGGUACCGAGAACGUCAAAGGCAUGAACGUGGAAGUUGGCGAAAGCAAGGUCCGCAAGGUUGGACGACCUGUUUGUGUCGUGGUCGACGAAGUGGACGGAGUUGUCAGCGGAUCGGGAGGUGGAGGCGAAGGAGGUUUCAUGAAGGCAUUAAUCGACAUUGUCCUUCUCGACCAGAAGAAUUCGAACCGGUCAGCUCAAUCGAAUGGGAACGAUGGAAAGAAAAGGAAGGGCGAUAACUUUCGAUUCCUCCGUCCUCUGGUUCUGGUCUGUAACGAUGUCUAUCACCCCAGCUUGCGGCCGUUAAGGCAAUCGUCUAUUGCUGAGAUGAUCCACGUGCGUCAAGCACCUCUGGAGAACGUUGUGUCACGCAUGAAGAAUAUUUUCACAAGAGAAGGUAUCCCAUGUGAGAAUGAUAGCGUAAGAAGACUUUGUGAAGCAUCUUGGGGUCUUUCCGGCAAGAAGCAGGGCAGCAAGAGAAACACCGGGACGGCCGAAGGUGACAUACGGAGUGUAUUGGUAGCUGGCGAAUGGGUUGCCUACAAGCUCCGGAGUGAGAGCGCAUCCUCUCUAAAGCUAACUCGUAGCUGGCUCGAGCAGAGAGUGCUCAGUGGUUCUACCGAGGGCGGUUCAUUCUUCAAAGGGUUGAACCGCGGAGGUGUACGCGACAUUGUUGAUCGCGUUUUUACAGAGGGAGCUGGCUUCUCCGAUGCCCCUGUCGGUCGUGACUCAUUCCAUGAUCCUUUUGUGGAUUCCAGCAAAGCUCCCAUGGGCGUUGCAGAUCUCAAGAAACGCCAUGCGAUUAGCCGAUUAUGCGAAAUGGUCGACGCCAGCAGUGACCAUGACCGCUGCGUCUCUGAAUGCUUUGCUUCAUAUCCGAUUCAGUCAUACCAGGAUGACACCUAUCUGUCCAAACCCAAUACUGCAUACGAAUGGCUCCACUUUCACGAUACUAUGGCGUCCAAGGUGUUCUCUAACCAAGAUUGGGAACUCGGUGCAUAUCUGAGUCAUUCCGUGGCCGCCUUUCACCACCUAUUUGCAUCUGCCCGGGGUAAAUCCAGUCACCCGGAGAACGAUGAAGAAGAGGAAGAGCACCCGUUCUCGGGCCCUCGAGCGGAUUUCUCCGCCUUCGAAGCCCAGAAACAAAAUCGCGCAACCCUCACAGGAUUCCAAAGUUCGCUCUCCCCACCAUUAACACGGCUCUUCCGAUCAACUGAGAGCGUGGUCGUCGACCUAUUACCGAAUCUCAUGCGGAUAUUAUCACCCGACGUGAAGCCGGUCGUCGUCCGAGGAAGCGGGGAUUCGAAGAGCGUAGCUAGCGUCCGCAAAGAAAGCGAGCGGGCACUAGUUCUAGCGGCUGUGCGGGCUAUGAUGGGUCUAGGAGUCACGUUUGAGAAGAUACGAGUGGAGAGUGAGGGUGGUGUCCAUGGCGGAUGGGCGUAUCGGAUGGAGCCACCGUUGGAUACCCUCGUAACUUUUUCCAAAAUGAAAGGGAGCUCAACUUCUUGCACAAGCGGGUCCGCACCAGUCCGGUACGCCGUUCGUCAAGUACUCGACCAAGAAUACCACAAAGAGACCCUCCGCAAGCAAUCCGAGGCACUCAAUACGUCCUCCGUUAGCACAAGAAACAAGAAAUCAAGUCGCAAGUCCGGCGACGGAGCAGAUGAGAACGAAGACUCGAAAAACAAGGACCCACUGAAAGACGUCGGAGUGAAGCGCGACUUUUUCGGAAGAGUGAUUCAGGAACGGGCCCCUGCAUCGACGGAUUCCGGCGAUGGCAGUCAACCCGUGCAGAAUGAAGCGUCUAAAGCGGGGAGAAGGGUAUGGGUGACAUAUCACGAUGGAUUCUCAAACGCAGUCCGGAAACCGAUUUCGAUGGGCGAGUUGCUAGCGGGGCUUUAA